CGCGGUAGCUGUCAGAUAGUGCAGAGAGAGAAAGAGAGAAAGAGUGAACACCCACCCAGGCUGCCUCGACUCUUUAUAUCAAACCCUCCGUCACUCGGCGCCUCCUAAAAGGCACUUCUCCGCUCCACCGGCCGUCUCGCUGCUGGGCGGACCUGCACUUUUUUUACGCACAUUCAGCCCGAACUAACCGCUAAUCUUCGGAGUUCAUUAACAAGAAGAAGAAGAAGCGAGAGACAGGGGAGAGACAUGGCCACGACAACCUGUACGCGAUUCACAGAUGAAUAUCAGCUGUACGAGGAGCUGGGGAAGGGAGCAUUUUCAGUGGUGCGCAGAUGUGUUAAGCUGUGCACAGGACAGGAGUAUGCUGCUAAAAUAAUCAACACCAAAAAGUUAUCUGCAAGAGAUCACCAGAAGCUGGAGCGAGAGGCUCGUAUUUGUCGUCUGUUGAAACAUCCUAACAUUGUUCGUCUUCAUGACAGUAUAUCAGAGGAGGGCUUCCACUACCUCCUGUUUGACUUGGUGACCGGAGGUGAACUAUUUGAGGACAUCGUAGCCAGAGAGUAUUACAGUGAGGCCGAUGCCAGUCAUUGCAUCCAGCAGAUCCUGGAGGCGGUGCUUCACUGCCAUCAAAUGGGCGUGGUGCACCGGGACCUGAAGCCAGAGAACCUGCUCCUGGCAAGCAAGUGUAAGAAUGCUGCAGUGAAGCUGGCCGAUUUUGGCCUCGCCAUUGAGGUGCAGGGGGAUCAGCAGGCCUGGUUUGGAUUUGCUGGCACACCGGGGUAUCUGUCCCCUGAGGUUUUGAGGAAGGAGGCAUAUGGCAAACCUGUGGACAUCUGGGCCUGUGGGGUGAUCCUCUACAUCCUGCUGGUGGGCUACCCUCCUUUCUGGGACGAGGACCAGCACAAGCUGUACCAGCAGAUCAAGGCUGGGGCUUAUGAUUUCCCAUCCCCAGAGUGGGACACAGUCACCCCAGAGGCCAAAAACCUGAUCAACCAGAUGCUGACGAUCAACCCAGCCAAGAGGAUCACUGCUCAAGAGGCCCUCAAGCACCCAUGGGUCUGCCAACGAUCCACAGUGGCAUCUAUGAUGCACAGACAGGAGACCGUGGAGUGCCUGAAGAAAUUCAAUGCCAGGAGGAAACUCAAGGGGGCCAUUCUUACUACCAUGCUGGUUUCUCGAAAUUUCUCCGUGGGCAGCAGGCAGACCACCGCUCCAGCCUCUGUCACUGCAGCUGCAGCAGCUGUGGCUGCAGCCGCCGGCACCACAGCAGGGCUGGUGGAACAAGCCAAGACUUUGCUCAACAAAAAGGCAGAUGUCAAGAAACGCAAGUCCAGCUCUACUGUCCAGUAUAUGCCCCAGACAAACAGCACCAAAAACAGCAUAGUCACCAGCCCCAAAGGAAACAUCCCUUCACCCGCUCUGGAACCUCAGACAACUGUCAUCCAUAAUCCGGUGGACGGGACAAAGGAAUCGUCGGACAGCAGCAACACCACUGUGGAGGACGAAGAUGUGAAAGGGAAGAGCUUAGACAACAGCUCGCUUAAGGCGCAGUCCAGCACAAGCUCCCAACCUGAUAGCUCUCAGAGCUCCUCAGCUGCUGUGCACUCACGCAAGCAAGAAAUUAUCAAGAUAACCGAACAGCUGAUAGAGGCCAUCAACAACGGAGACUUUGAGGCAUACGCUAAGAUCUGCGACCCUGGACUGACUUCAUUUGAGCCGGAGGCCCUGGGAAACCUGGUAGAGGGAAUGGAUUUCCACAGAUUCUACUUUGAGAACCUUUUGGCUAAGAACAGCAAGCCGAUCCACACCACCAUCCUGAACCCCCAUGUGCACCUGAUCGGCGAGGAUGCAGCCUGCAUCGCCUACAUCCGCCUGACUCAGUUUGUUGACGGCCAGGGUCGGCCGCGGUCCAGCCAGUCAGAGGAGACUCGUGUCUGGCAUCGCAGAGACAGCAAGUGGCAGAACAUCCACUUCCACUGCUCAGGCGCACCAGCUGCGCCACUCCAGUGAGGGUUAAAUGCUGUAGUUUCGUCUGUCAGGAGUGCUCUGCUGGAGAGAGGAGGAGGCAAAGGAGGAGGAUGAGGAAGGGGUGAAAGAACACGUCCAGUGGUGGUCUGGGAGCUCUUUGUCCUUCAACAACAAACUGGACGCCCGGCCUCAACCCCCUCCCAGCAUGCGUCUCUUCUUUUACUACUACUGCCCCCUGUUUGUCACCUGUCCUACCGCACCUUCUGACAACCGCCGAACAGCAGCAGCGUCCCUCAUCCCCCACGACUUCCUCUUCUUCCCUCCGGCACGCUGGGUGUUUGAUGGGGGUGGGGGUGUUUUUCAGCAAUGGGUGUGAUUCCUUCCUGUGGUCUUUUGUGACACCAACCCUCUUGUCCUCCUGUGAAUCCACACUUGUGUGACAUAAACACUGCACUGGAAAUACAGUAUGUAAAGUUUUAAGUAAAAUCUAUUAUCAUUACUCUAUUAUUAUGAUUAUUAUUAUAAUUAUUAUUACACAUUUGCAAUUGUAUAUGUAAUUUGUAUAAUUCAGAAUUCUUGAUGCCAGUGGUUUUUAGAGUUAAAGAAAAUCUUUUUUUUUUCUCUAUCUUUUUAAGGAAGCAUGUCCCCCUGCCCCAUAUUUACAGUGGCUGUUUUUUAUUGUGGCUAUUAAGUGGAAUAUGAUAUUGGCAGUUUUUGUAAUUUGCUUCUUGUAUGUUAGCUAUAACAGUGUGCCCAAACUCAUGGUUAACAUGUUUUUGAUUGUGCGUUUGCAGUUUUAUUUGUUAAUUUUAUUUUAAUUUUAUUUGUUUUUGUUCUUUUUUUGUUCUUUUUUUUUGUUCUUUUUUUUUUUGUUUUUUUUUUUUUUUUUUUUUUUUUGGAAGGGGUGCGUCUGAUGGGCGUCCAUGUAGAGAUCGAGCCCUGAAGUGUGUGUAUGAGUGUGCUGAGUAAGUGCAUGUCAGUCCAGUCACGAUAAGUCGGUACAGUUGGAGGAACCUGUCGUUUGUCCCUUGCUGCAAAGUAAAAGGCAGGAGAACAGGUUCACUUGACUCGGCUUCAAAUCAAAGCAAACAGCGUGCAGCAGGAGUGCUACUUUCCAGCACCGGUGACGCCCUGAUCUCUAAAUGUCUGAGCUGAUGGGUGUAAAACAAAGCAGUCACAAGAACAUGCAUAUGAAGAGGGGAAUACGUUUGUCUCUGUGACCAGGAUGCUUGAUUCUAGAGUGAUGUAUCAAGCUGUUGUAAGAAAAAUGUGUCACAGUGAAACCUCUGCUCCAAUGAAGACAAUUCAUUGCAGGUAUUUGAAAAAACACAGAUGAUUAGGAAUGGUUAUAAAGUAACUGAAGCUGAGUACAUCAUAGUGCCUGUUGCCUCUUAGGUUGUAUAAAUAAUUUCUUUUGAUGGGAUAAUUUGGCUUCUUUCAGGUGAAUUAUAUGAGGCAUUUAUUCACAUUCAGUAUAUUACUUACACUAGAUCGAGGUCAGCAGGCGGCUAGCUUGGUGAAGCAGGGAGGAGUACUUUUAUAGAGGCUGUGUUGUACUGGGCUCGAUUAACAGCAAAACCCAGUUAAAAGAAAUUAAAAUUUGCAUUAUAAUUUAGAAUAUUUUCAAACCUUUUCCAAGCUUGAACCUUACAUGUCAGACAGCUCCAUCUAAUACAAAACCACAAGACUCCCUUGACAAAAACAGCUAUUUUUAACUUGUGAAAGCUAGAAGUAACUGAUGAAAGACACUGACUAUGGAAAUACCACCACACAACUCCUGUUGAAGCAAACUAAACUGUUUAAAUGAGGUGAGAUGCUUGCCCCAAAAAGCUCCAAAUUAAAAAAAAUAUUAAUUUGCUGCACGACAAAUAAUAAUAAUGUUCCUGCGACUGAAACUUUAUAGUGUUGAAGAAACGCUUGUAGAGUUUCAGGAGAAUAACUCACAACAAGCAACUCAAUGUGAAUUGGAACAAAGUGCUGUACUAAAUUAAAUUAUUAAUGGAUUUCAAGACUUUCAAACAGAUUAGAAAGGACCACAAUUUAUUAAACGAUAUCAGAUAUAUGUAUUUCAUCUUACAGUGACCAUCUUGUGAAGGUGAAUGUGUUUUGUUAUAACCAAUAAUGAAUCAGAUAUGCAGAAUAUUAUAGCGUACAGAUAAUUUGUUCUGAAACAGUCUGGUCAGAGUUGCUUUGACGUGCUGUUUCCUAAACCUUGCCUCUCUCACGAAUCUCUGUGAAUGCUGGUUCAGCCUUCACCCCACCUGGAGAUGGUUUUAUUUUCUGGUCAGUGGUGCAAAAAAGGUGUUUGGCGAGUCCUGCUGUUUGCUAGGCGACAGCUGAAUACCAGAGCUCUGUGGUCUUUUCUGAACAUGUGAGGUAUUUUUAAGUUCCAAAAAUCUCAGUGAAAAACAGCAAGUCCUUUUUUCCCCACUCAAAAUGACAAAAGCAGUCAGCACAUUGAAGAAAGGAUCCCGGUAGAUGUUUGACCUUUCUCACUUCCAGAGCCACAGCACAGCAAGCUGGUGCUGCAGCUUUGUCUAAACGAAGCACACGCAGAUUACAGGCGCUUAACGCCCAUAUCAGCGAUGAAGAAUGAAGGCUGCGUUUGGUUGGGCGUGUGCAUUUCGCUAGUCUUUUGCCACAGGUGCAAUAUUUGUGUGAGUGUGUCUGCACGCAUGUACAUUGGUUGCUUUCAGUGUGUAUUCUUUACAAGCCUGGGAGGAUAUUUUGAAAGUGUGUGCAGUGUGGAUGAUGAAAUGAGAAGGCUUUAUUUUUCGGAGGACACAUCAGUCCCCUGCCUUCAGCCCAGGACUCUGUUUUCAUCUGCUUUCUUUAAUGUGUUUUUUUUUUCUUUUUUUCAUGCUUUUACUCUGUUAGUUUGGUUUGUUUGUGUUACAGUAAAGUGUUAUCAGCUUUUUAUGACAUAAAGUGCUUGUGCCAGAGGUGGCAGGACUGAGCGGAUGGACUUUGCAGCACUGAAAACUGAUUUUGUGGAGGUUUGACUUUUCAUCAGCUCCACUUUACUUUGCUCAUCCACCAUUGGCUGCCUUCACAUUUGUCUCGCCCCUAUUGGUCAGACCAAGAUAGAAAAAGACCGCUCAGUCGUCUUGGUGAACAGUCCUCAGGUUUUAAUUUAUUUUGAAUAUUUAUUUAUUUAUUGUAGUCGACAUUUUUACUGUGCUUUGUUUCUUUUUUUCGUUUCCUAUUGUACAAAUCAUGCACUUGUACAAGUACUGUCUGCAGUUGUUUAAAGAGACGAUGCUUCAUGUCAAAAACAUGACUGCUUUAAAUGGAUAGUACACCCAAUCUGCAUUCUGCAUGUGUUUUUGUGUAACGACCAACAUGGUGGAAAUGACUUUUGCUUUUUCUGCUGUUUUUCUUCUGCAGAUUUACAUUUUUUGCUGUUUUAUGUUGUCCAUUUUUUCCUUCUACUUAAUGUCAUUACCACUUUUACAGAGUGGGAUACAUGUUUGCUUUGAAAUUCAUAUGAUGCAGGACUGUAUUUUGUGUGAACUCUCCCACCAAACACUUCACCUUUUUGAUAGGAUGGUGAAGAUUUUGUCAGAUUAACGUUUUGUUUAUUUCCUGCAGUGAACAACAGAGAUGUUGUAUCAUACUCGUGUUCAUAUCUAGUUCAGCCUGUUCUAAUACUCAAAGGUCAAAGGUUAUCUUUGACCACACAUAUGUGCGUGACCGUGCUAACAUGACCCUGACCCCCUCCAGAAAAAGAAGAAAAAGCAGCAUGUACAGUACAAAGGUGUCGUUCUUCUGUUCUUCUUUGUGUGUUUCUAAACUUUAAAAUCAUGAUGAGAUUCACAUAUUUAAAAUGAGGGAGUUCACAGUAUUACAAACUGCAACUAACAAGCAGCUGGCCUUUUUUUCUUUGCAUGACAGUCAACAGGACACUUGUUUUUGUUUUUACUUGUUUUUUUGGUGUUUUUCUUUUUAUUUGGGUUCAUUUUCUACUGAAUGUUGGUAUACUCGACCUUUCUCUCUCUAUUUUCGCAGCUUUUUAAGUGCAUAUAACUAUUUUUGUCUCCAGAUGAUAUAAUGAAGAUGAUUAUAAUGAUAAGGAAUAUUAUAUAUAGAUUAUAGCACUGAGGAUGACUAUGAGGAAGUUGACAGUUAUGAUGAUGAUGAUGUGAUGAUGAUUAUUUGGCAUGCUUCUCUAUGGGGCUCUGUGUUGCCAGUGCAGACUGGCUGCCUUUUGUACAUAGCUGAGUGACCGUCAGCACCAAGAGUCACUGCUGCUUCAAAGAGUAAAGAUGCUCCAGCAGGGGGCGCUGUCACACAGAAUAAAGCACAAACACACACUGACGGCAGCUUGAUGCUUCUAAUGUAGCUGCAGAAUAACUUUAGAUCAAACAGACAAUCCAGUCAGAGACAUCAGCAGUUCAUCAGUGUAGAAGAAGAACCAGCUUCCAUUCAGAUUAUUGAUCAGGGCUGCACAGUUAGGACUAAAAUGGCACUGAUGCCUCUAAUAAAUCAUCAUUCUGUGUGAAUUAUCAAAGAUGAAAUAAGGAACAGUGAUUCAUUGUGCAGCCCUACAUAUAAACUACAUGAAGUGUCCUCCUCUUGAGGCCAGUGUGAGCUCUGCUGCCUUCCUGUUAUUUAGUCAGAUGAAGCAUCACUGAGAUGAGCUGGAGCCACUCUGAACUUCUGCCAUCUUCUUUUUACAGUCACUGACUGAGCUGCACUGACAACACUGAGCCGGCUUCUCUUCAUAGGGUGUCUUUCACUCUUUCCCCACUCCCUCUGUUUCCAACCUUGUUCCAUCAUUUCUCUGCAGUUGGCUCUUUCUACUUUCCCUUUGUCUCUUUUUGUCACUUUGGGUUUCUUCUGUAUAAUAAUAUUAAUCCUCUAGUUCUCUGAUUCUUCUGAUUAUUGCUCUGUUCUCUUCCGUGCUUCACGUGUUUCUCUAACUUCAAGAAAAUGUGUUAAGGUGUUAUCAAUAAAAUGACAGUUUAAAUAGAAA